AUGUUACAGAAGAAGGUUGACAAGAGGGAUCUAGCCGAGAACAACAACUUUUUCUGCGACACGUGCAACCGAGGCUUUAAGAUGAAGGACAAGUAUGAUGAACAUGUUGACGGACAUCAGCAGUGCUCGGUGGCUGGAUGUCCAUAUGUUGCCGCACCCAAACUUGUGCAGCUUCAUUUCCAACUGCAACAUAAGUGUGGAUUGGCUAAAAAGGUUUGGUCUUUGGAAUCGCAGGAAAAUGUCGACAAAUGGAUUGCAGAGAAGAGGAAGAACUUCCCGACGUCUGGUAAUAUAAAGAAGAAAGAAGCUGAGCAGAAGGACAGAAAUGAAAGAGGAGAGGUUCUGGAAACCAAACAGUUUGGUGCACCUACUCGUCGCGAAGACGUCGCAGAUCAAACAACGAUGGUUGAAAGCGUUCCAGGAUGAGCGACGGAGAGUGCGUGAAGAUUUGGAAAAUGGUAGGAGCAAUGAUCAUGAGAAAUUGUAUAAUUCUUUCUAUUGUAUAAUUCUCUCUAAUUUUAAUGGGUUUUUUUUUUUUACUAAAUGGUUCAAAAGUUGUUUAACCUUUGUUGUUUUUUUGAAAAUGGAAAGAAUGUUUUUAAAGAAAUAUGUUAGUUUUUAG